GCCGUAGAGCAACCUUGUCGUCGGUAAGCUUUGCUUUCCACUCGGCCGUCGCCUCCCCUCCUCGUUUCCUCUCUUCUCGAGCGCAAGUAUAACCAACAGGAGAAGAGGAGGAAGCCAAACUCGACCACCCAGAGAAACUAUGUCCAACGUUCUCUUCAGCCCCCCACCAUUCCACGGUCUCUGCUUCCCACACCGCAGUCGCCAGAAGUUGUCCGCCCUCUUCCCUUCUCACAAACCUUCUCUCUCAUCUCUCCUCCAUCUCUCCCCCUCCCUCGCCUCCCCGCCCACUUCUCGCCUCCUCUCCUCAUCCUCCUCCCUGCUGCCAUCCAACCCUCGCCGCGGUGGAUUCCACUUCCGGGCGCUUGAGUCUUCCGCCGCGAAGACCAAUGAGGAUGAGGAUGCAGAGGAGUCCAAGAAUGUGGGGGACGGCGGCACGCCUCCGAGCAAUUCAGCUCCUGGUGUGGGUUCCGAUGGGGCCGUGCGAGAGAAGGUCGGUGCGGAUGGAGAAGUUGGACAGGAGUACCCGACUGGGGAGUUUGAGAUGGAGGAGUUCGAUUGGUGGAGGCUCUUCGUCGUUAAGGUGAGGAUGCUCUUUGCUCUUCCCUGGGAGCGCGUCAAGAAAGGGAGCGUUCUCUCGAUGAGACUCCGCGGCCAGAUAUCUGAUCAGUUAAAAACGCGCUUCUCUUCUGGGUUGUCUCUACCUCAAAUUUGUGAAAAUUUUAUAAAAGCAGCAUAUGACCCUCGUGUUUCUGGAAUUUAUCUUGAAAUAGAACCACUUAGCUGUGGAUGGGCCAAAAUCGAUGAAAUACGACGACAUAUACAGUAUUUCAAGAAGUCAGGCAAGUUCAUUGUGAGCCAUGUUACCAUAUGUGGCGAGAAAGAGUACUACCUUGCGUGUGCUUGUGGAGAAGUCUAUGUCCCCCCUAGUGCUUAUGUUGCACUCUAUGGUUUGACUGUUCAAUCAUCAUUCCUUGGGGGUGUUCUUGAGAAAGUAGGAAUUCUGCCUGAAAUUCAGCGCAUUGGUAGAUAUAAAAGUGCUGGAGACCAACUAUCUCGUAAAAGCAUGUCAAAAGAAGUUUGUGAAAUGCUUACUACUUUGCUGGAUAAUAUUUAUGAAAAUUGGCUCGAAACAAUUUCUUCAACUCAAGGAAAGAAAAGGGAAGAAAUUGAGGAUUUUCUAAAUACAGGAGUUUACCAAGUUGAAAGACUUAAAGAAGAAGGGUAUAUAACAAAUAUAUUGUAUGAUGAUGAGGUUAGAUCAAUGUUAAAAGCAAGACUGGGUCAGAAGGAUAAGAAAGAUCUUCUCAUGGUUGAUUACAGUAAAUACUCUAAUGUAAGAAAAUGGACCCUUGGGUUGGAAGGAGGUAAAGAUCAAAUUGCCAUAAUCAGAGCCUCCGGAAGCAUAAGUCGCACUCGUAGUCCAUUGAGCGUCUCUGGCUCUGGCAUCAUCAGUGAGCAACUGAUUGAGAAGAUUCGCAGUAUUAGAGAGUCAGAAAGGUAUAAGGCUGUUAUUCUGCGUAUUGACAGCCCCGGUGGUGAUGCUCUUGCUUCUGACCUAAUGUGGAGGGAGAUAAGGCUUCUUGCUGCCUCUAAACCUGUAAUUGCAUCAAUGUCUGACGUUGCUGCAAGUGGAGGAUACUACAUGGCUAUGGCAGCAGAAGCCAUUGUAGCUGAGAAACUUACCUUGACUGGUUCCAUUGGAGUUGUCACAGGGAGAUUUAGCUUAAACAAACUAUAUGAAAGGAUUGGAUUCAAUAAGGAGAUCAUUUCAAGGGGGAAAUAUGCUGAGCUUAAUGCUGCUGAUCAGCGUCCUUUCAGGCCAGAUGAAGCAGCACUCUUUGAGAAGUCUGCACAAAAUGCUUAUCGGCUAUUUCGAGAUAAAGCAGCUUUUUCACGGUCGAUGACUGUGGACCAAAUGGAGGAAGUUGCUCAAGGACGGGUCUGGAGUGGCAAAGAUGCAGCUUCUCGAGGAUUGGUUGAUGCUAUCGGUGGGUUCUCCACAGCUGUUGCCAUAGCAAAACACAAGGCCAAUAUACCGCAAGACAGACAGGUUAAAUUGGUUGAGGUGUCAAAACGCUCACCAUCACUGCCGGAGUUAUUAAGUGGCUUCGGGAAUUCUCUGCUAGGCCUGGACAAGACUGUCAAGGAAGCAUUGCAGGAGCUAAAAUGCCUGAAUGGGGUACAAGCAAGAACGGAGGGCAUUUUAUUUGAAAGUGUGGGAAAUGCAUUCGAUGACAAUCCGAUCAUCGCAAUCAUAAUGGACUGCCUGAACUCAUACUAGUCAUUAGCUGAGCAGAUCGUCCUGUGGUUGUUGAUGUCUAUCGAGUUCAAGAAUUUGGGAAAGCUUUCAGAUGAUAGAGCACACGUAGCAGUACCAGAGUAUAUAGUCCUCUACAAGAUGAAGCGACGCAGAGAUGCAAACAAUUCUUUGCUGCAUUGCACAAAGUAUUUGCUGAGUCACACUUCACAUUCUACAAACGUGUAAUAUAGCCGCCUUGAUUUCAUCAGAGUGUCACAUUAAAUGUAUUCGUGUUGAUCUCACAUCAGGCAUUGUUAAAUACAUCACAUAAAAAAUGUUAUCACUGCAGGGUGACAGGGAAAAAAAGAGAAAAAUGAGGAAAUAAUAAUACAGAAAGAAUCUUUUCAGGCUUUUUUAUCA